CGGCGUUUCUCACUCUUCAUGCUGUUUUUGCUUCCCCGUCCUCAGGAGUCCUUCAAUAACGUCAAACAGUGGCUACAGGAGAUCGACCGCUACGCCAGCGAGAACGUCAACAAGCUGCUAGUAGGCAACAAGUGUGACCUCACAACGAAGAAGGUGGUGGACUACACCACAGCUAAGGAAUUCGCAGACAACUUGGGGAUCCCCUUCCUGGAGACCAGCGCCAAGAGCGCCACCAACGUGGAGCAAGCCUUCAUGACCAUGGCGGCGGAGAUCAAGAAGAGGAUGGGCCCGGGGGCCACGGCCGGAUCCUCGGAGAAGUCCAACGUCAGGAUCCAGAGCAAGCCGGUCAACACCUCGUCCGGAGGCUGCUGCUGAGACCCCAAGAAGAAAAACGAAAAAAAAAAACAGCCACGACCUGAAUCCACCCCCGAGCCCACGACCAGUCUCAACGUUACCAUGCUCCACAGGGGGCGUCGACCAGAGAGAGAGAGAGCGAGAGAGAGAGAGAGAGAGAGAGAGAGAGAGAGAGGAGGAAGAAGACUUUGAGCGGACCGGUUUGUAAUUGUGUGUGCAGCUACAACACCAGACCCCCCCCCCUUUUAAAAAAAGAAAACCCUAUUAAAGUCAGCAAUAGGACGGUAAGCCCCUCCCCCUCACACACACACACACACACACACACACACACACACACACACACACACACACACACACACACACACACACACACACACACACACACACACACACACACACACACACACCGAACACACUCUGGGCGGUUCUUUUUUUUUUCUUCUAACUUUAUGAAACACACUCAUACUGGAAACCAAUGUAAAGCGUUUAGAGCAGCGUGUGAAGUUAACCAAUGAGAGCACACGUCUUAUUCAGCUUUGCUUUUUAUUUUCUGUUUUCUUAUCGUUUCGCCCCCGACCCCCCCUCCUUCUUUUUUUUUUUUUUUUUUUUUCUUCUGAGUUUGAUAGACGAGUCACUUUUCUAAAACUGUUAUUAAAAAAAACCACACAAAGUUGUCUUUAUUUGGCGGCGAGUCGCAGCGCCUCCCUGUCUCCUCGUUUGUGUUUGAAUCAGCGAGCUCGUCAGAUGAAGCACAUGCUUAAACACCAGCAGCACGCAUGUCCCAGCUGAUCACAUGCCCCCCCAGCCCCACCCCCACCCCACCCCUCUCGACUCUGCAUGUGAUCAGCUGCAGUCAUGAAGCGGCCGGCUCAAACUGCGCCUCCCGCUUAACGGUCGCCCCGCUCCGACUUCACGGCGGCGCCCCCUUAAACUUAAACUAAACGAUGUGCCAGUGCCUUUGCGGCAGGAGAUUUACGACAUGUAUGCCUUCGGUGCUCUCGUGUUGUCGCCAUCUUCCCCUCCGUUCGCCCUCAGCGGCGGCGUGUUAAAGAAUUGUAUGAUAGCAGAAAACAUUCCUGUAUAUAACGCUUCCUGUGUCGGGCGCCGUGCGUGCUCGGCUGGUGACUGGUUAAGCAUGUGCUACAUCGGGGAGACGCCGCGUGUUCUUUUUUUUUCUCUCUGCUAAUGUUUCUCAACCGACAGCACAACCACGACCGGAGGCGUCCAAAUCACCACCCCAGCUGGAGAGUAAUCUAUAACCUGUAUAUAUUUAUACAUAAAUGUAAGAAGUGAUUUGUGUAGAGAAAAGCAAGUGAAGCGAAUGACAUGAUGCAUAGCUGGAAGUAGUAAUCUCGGCACGUGAUUUGUGGCUGCGGACAUGACAUUUUUGUGGCACAAUGUCUACUAUUAAAACAAUGAAGGAGAUCUUUGAUAA